AUGGCCUUUUGCAAGCCUGGCUUCGUCAAGAACUGUCUGAGCCCUGCCACUAUCCCUGAUAAAUGCUCUACUUGCUUGACUAAGGUUGAGAAGGGGUGCUCUGGCGCCUGGGGCUCUGACGAGUUCAUGGAUUGCUUCUGCCGAGUUGAUUCUACCGAGUAUAGCAACCUUGAGUUCUGCGUCUACUAUGACCCGAAUGAAUGCCGCAACUAUGCGUACCAGAUCAUGGGCGCAUAUGCCAAGAGUUGCGCGUCUUGGAAAGAGAGGCAGCAGCCCAAGAUUUGCCCCCAAGAACUACCACGGUGA